GGAUGUCAGUUAUAGAAAUAUCAUUGGAACACUAGCGUGAAACCGCUGACCGCAAGGCGCGAGCUACUUACCGCAAGCAAUCCAGAAAUGGAUAACCACAGUGACGAAGAGGUAAUCACAACGGAUCGCACUACAUUGAUAGCAAAGGAGAAACGAAGAUCCACUAAUAACUGUGACAGUAUAGGAGAUAGACCUUCUCGGGUUGGGCAGCAGCAUUCGACAUGUAAUGAAAGUUCCAUAUCAUUUAUGGCCGGUUUGACAAUGUUGCAGAGGGCUCGCUAUUGUUUGGUGGAACCGGCGGUGCUGAUUCUAGUAUUCGCCUACAAUCUAUCGGCCACUGUUUGGAAGAACCAAAUCAUUUACCAGACGUGUAUCACAAUCUUUGAGCACAAUGUUACGGAUUGUCGCAAAUUGUCAACGAAAAACGCCAGUGAUCACAUUAAGCAAAUAGAGACAGAGGUCCAAGAAUAUACAGUUGUGUUUUUUAUGACAAACUCUCUGGUACAGAGCAUUGUUCCUGCAUUAUGUGGUACAUUUAUUGGAGCCUGGUCUGAUCGUUUUGGCCGGAAACCUUUGCUGAUAGCAUCAUUUACAGGUUACUUUUUGUUCUACACUUUUACCUGCUUAAUAAGCCAUUUAUCGGAGAAUUAUGAUGUUAACCCAUGGUUUUAUUUGCUUCCCACUGUACCGCUAUCACUAUUGGGAGAUGGUGUGACCUAUUCGGUAGCCACUUUUUGUUAUAUAUCUGAUAUUUCUACUCCUAGUGAAAGACCUUAUAGAAUGACUCUAUAUGAAGCUGUCAUUUAUACAGGUCUUAUGGUGGGCUCCUUUUCCUCUGGCUACAUCUACAAUGCCUAUGAAUCCUCCACACUGAUAUUCUUUAUAUCAUCCAUAAGUAUUUUGUGGGCCACAUUAAUAGUAAUCUUCUUGGUGCCGGAAAGUUUAAAUGCACGUCGAACUGCCAAUGAGCCGAGGGAAGAUGAUCAAGGAUCAACAGCCAACACAACCACAGCGGUGUCGACAGAACCUAAUCAAAAUCAGGAGGAGGCAUUGGAAGAGACUCAGCAACAGCAAACUGCAACAAAUCGUUACAAAAGUUUAUUGGACAUUAAUCACCUCAAGUCAAUGUAUGAAACGUGUUUCAGGCAACGCGAAUAUGAAACACGUUCGGUUAUCUUGUUGAUUGUGGGCUGUUUGUUGACGUGUGCCUUUGUGGUGGAGGGAUCGAUGACCGUUUUUUAUUUAUUUGUGCGAGAGAAAUUCCAAUGGACUGUUAAAGAUUUUACUACCUAUGAGACAGUGAGCAUAUUGGUACCCAUUCUGGGUAAUAUCUUGGGUGUAUGGCUAUUAAGAAAGGUAUUCAAAAUGCAACUUUUAACGGUGGCCAUUUAUGCUUUGCUCUCACAAACCACCAGCAGCUUGAUGAAGGCUUUCGCUGCCACUAAUUGGCAAUUAUAUUUGGCCAUUGGUCUGGGUGUAUUCAAGUCCAUAGUUAAUCCCAUGCUAAGAACUGUUUUGACAAAUCUUCUGCCAGCAAAUGAAUUGGGUAAACUCUUCUCAUUCACAAGUGCCAUACAAGCCUUUAUACCCUUUGUGGCAUCGCCUUUGUACACCAUCAUCUAUCGAUCAACAUUGACAACAUUUCCAGGUUUUUUCAAUGUUGUCAAUGCGAAUCUUUUCAUACUGGCCAUAGCUCUGAUAUUAGUAAUUUUACGCAAAAAACAAAAACAAUGUUCAAUUGAAACGAAAAAUAACAACAAACAACAAUCAAUAAUCAAAUUAAAAAUAAUGGUGGAAUCAGCUGUUACAUCGACUCUGUCGCGGCUUAAGCAGUUAGAGUGGCAGCAAUUUUUUCAUAUGUUUCACAUAGAGCCCAUUGUUUUUGUUCUGGUCUUUGCCCACAGCUUAUCAGGUACUGUCAUGCGAAAUGAAAUCAUAUAUCAGGCGUGCACUUCAGUCUUUCAAUACAACGAUACUGAUUGUCUGCAAUUGAAUUCGAAACAUGUCAGCGGUUACCUGCAGGAAAUCGAAACAGAAGUCCAGCCAUAUGUGGCAAAUUUGUUCAUGGUUCGUACUUUGUUGGAGAGCAUAGUGCCUGCCUUCUGUGGUGUUUUUGUUGGUUCAUGGUCGGAUCAUUAUGGCCGUAAACCAUUGUUGGUAAUAUCGAUGAUCGGAUUUUCCUGCACCUACAUCAUAGCAGCCAUCAUUCGCCAUAUAUCGCUGUAUUAUAUAGUAAAUCCUUGGUACUAUAUCUUGGCGGUGGUGCCGCAUUCCAUAUUGGGUGGUAAUUGCGUUUUCACGGUGGCAGCAUUUUGUUUCAUAUCCGAUGUAACCGAUAUCAAGAUCAGACCUUACAGAAUGAUCUCACUGGAAGCAUUUCUCUCCAUUGGUCUUAUGAUGGGCGCACUUUUGUCCAGUUAUAUUUAUGAGGCUACAAAUGCCACCUUCAUAUUCUUUGUUUCGGGUAUAUUAAUGUGUCUCACCACCGUCUACAUUGCCCUCUAUGUGCCGGAAAGUUUGAACCGAGAAGCCUUAACCAAGGACGCCAAAUCUGAGAAGGCCAAUGAGAUUAAAGUCAAAUGUAAUGAAAUACCCAUGAAUUGCAGCAUAAUAACUGAUAAUCUGGGAAAAUCUGAGACAAAAUUAGAAGACUCAAUAAAACAUCGCAAAAUCGAGGAUAAUUUCCAUGAUGUGGAUUUGAAUGAAGUGGAUAAUAAUAACAAAAAUUUGGAGAAUGGCAAUGUCGAUGCCAUUAAAAAUAAAGCGAAUGAGGAGAAAAAGCAACAACAGCAACAAGAGGAUGCCGAAAAAGCCCAGACAUCUGGUCUCUUUAGCUACAUUCAUGUCAAGGAAAUGUGGACCACAUGUUUUAUGGAGAGGCCUUUCUAUGAUCGUAGCAUCAUAUUGCUGGUAACUGGGGCCAUGUUUUUGUCUGUGUUUGUUUUGGAUGGCACCAUGACGGUCUUCUAUUUGUUCGUCCGCGAAAAGUUCCAAUGGACAGUGAGGGACUUUACGCAUUAUGAGACCAUAAGUCAUGUGACCUCCAUGUUUGGAGCCCUGGUGGGAUUCUUGAUCUUGAGAAAGAUAUUUCGCAUGUCGGUGGUCACCUUGACGCUGUUGGCCUUUCUAAGUGACAUUUUCCGUUGUAUCAUACAGGGCAUGGCAUAUGCCCCUUGGCAUUUGUAUUUGGCUGUGGCAGCCGGUUCUUUGAGGGCAGUUGGUGGUCCAAUGUGUCGUACGAUUGUUUCAAAUAUUGUACCUUCAACGGAUUUAGGUAAAAUAUUUUCAAUUAAAAAUAUUCUUACAUCGCUGGCACCAUUUGCGGCAGCUCCUUUAUAUACUGUGAUCUAUAAGGCCUCACUGACUUCAUUCCCCGGCCUAUUCAAUAUAGUCAGUGCUCUAUUCCAUUUUAUAGCUUUUAUAUUUAUAUUGUGUGUUUUCCGCUUUAAAGUUACAUACAAAGAACACUAUGGAAAAAUGUUAAAAUAAGUUAUUUUAAUACAUCAUACCUGUAGUUAUUUUACUGUAUUUACUUAACUAAAUGUCCAAAAUUAUUUAUUGUGCAUUGUUUUAUGAAUUUGUUACCGUACAGCGUCAUGUGUUAUUAAAUAUGGCAAAUAAUUAAAAUAAAUUAGUAAAAAUGUAUGAAAUUGACAAAAACAAAACGAACCAACUUUCGAAUGUAAAAUUUCAUUGUUUUUUAAUCGACUUUUCAUAGGAAAUUAUUAAUUAAAGGUGUAACAGUAUAUUAAAAAAAUAUAUUUAAACAUUAACAAAAACAAGAGUAAUAUAUCAACUUUGUGAAUCCCCAAAAAUAAAAGCGUCCUUAAAUAUUUUCUUUUGAAAAGUAAAGAUUGAAUCUUACAAUAAGCAUAAAAUAUAAGAAAUAAUCGUUUUAUUUGCCGACUCGAAGCAAUAGUCAAAGAAAAAAUUGAUCUUAUGGAGCAAAAGUGUAUGGAUUCUGAAAUUUAGUUACUUCUACACAUUUUUUGGUAUUAGAAUCAAUA